AUGGACCUUGAUUUAGAUUGGUAUGACGGUCUAAAUGGUAGUCAAGAGGAUGAAAUAAAUUUACUGCACCCGUUGACUGGGACUGUUACAAUCAACAAGCCAUUGAAUUUAGAUCAAACGAUCAAUAACUCGAAUUUGGAAGUGGUACAAAUUGGUUUUGGUCCGGAUUUUGAAACUGAACGUCGUCCAAAACAUUUGCACGUUGUUCACAACGAGAAUGUCAAUUUGGUUAUACCAACCGAUGGUCCGCAAUUGAUGUUAGAUGCAGAAACCAGUCCUAUAAAUCCUUUGUAUGUCGCGGAACGAAUUGAAGAGAUGCAAUGGUCAAAUGACGAGUUCGACGCAAUCAUCGAAUAUGACCCGCUGAGUGACGAAGAGGAAGUGCUUGAAGAAGUAGUGCACUAUCAGAAAAACAAAAAACAUUACACCAUCAUUGCCAAUGAUGAUGGAAUUGUCGAAGAAAAUGCAUACAUUGAAUUACAACACAUAAUCGGUAAGCCCAAGAUGUUGGCACAUAGCCGUACAGUCAAAUCGGAUUUGGUAUUACAACCACAAAAAACAGUUUCUGAAGAGAAAACUAAAUCUGGGCCUGGCGUUGUCUCUUCCCCGAAAAAAUUAGCAAUAAGAACUGGCGCAUCCGAUAAAUUCGAAAUGACUAUUCAGACAUCUGAUCAAGGACCCAAGAAAAAUUGUUGCCCAUACUGCAACAAACUGCAGAGCAAAUUUGCACGUCACAUCGUAGAUAUGCAUAGUGAUAAGCCCGACGUUCUUGAGUUGUCAAAGUUAUCCAAAGGUUCAAAAGAAAGAAAACUACGGAUCGACGCAAUAAAAAAAAUUGGAAACUCCGAGCAUAAUUCUAAUCCUAAACUGAACAAGAAUCUAAUCAUCCCCAGUCGACGGUCGAACGCUAAAUAUAAUCGGAAGGCUUCGGACCUCGAUGUGUGCUAUGAAUGUUUGGGAACGUAUUUUAAGAAGUCGAUAGCAAAGCAUGUAUGUUCACGGAAGGUUAUCAAGGGCGACCGUUCUUCAGCUCAGUUGAAUAGAUUGGUUGCAGGGCGUAUACACGAGAGAGCUUCUGCAUCUUUGCAUGAUAUCACGUCGGUCAUGUUGGACGAUGAUAUUGCGAAUACGGCCAAAUACGACUGGCUAUUGGUGGUUUAUGGCAACGAAUUGUGUGAACAGUUUGGGUACGAGCCGCACCAUAAAAUUGUUCGAGAUCGACUGAGAAUGCUUAGCAGACUGCUGGUUCAAUUAAAACGAAUCGAACCAGACAUUACCGACUUUGCUUCACUCUAUCAUCCGAAGUACUGUGAUGUAGUCUUAGAAGCAAUUCGCGAAGAUUCAGGAUUUCGCUCAUCCGACAGACAGUUUCAAAAGCCAUGGAAUGCCACAAAAUCGGUCACGGAAGUAAAACGUGUUGGGAGAGUUUUGUCUGAAGAGUGUAUUUCUAAGCAAAACAAGGAAUUGAAAGAGCAGACGAAUGACUUCCUGGCUUUGUUUCAAUCGAGGGCUGCCAUAAGGGUAAACAAGUUGGCGAGAACUACAAUAAUCACCAGAAACAGAAACAAGGAAGAAGAUCUACCAACCGAUGACGACAUUCAGCAUUUCCAACGCUUCCUGGACAAAAAACGAAAACAACAUUUCGAUGACUUGAAGAACGAGUACACAUUCGCCAAAUGGAUUAAUCUCUCCGAAGUCACGAUGGUGUCGCUGAUACUUUUUAAUCGUCGUAGAGUGGGAGAGUUAGAAAAUGCACUAACGUCAGAGUACACCAAGAGACGACGAGUCACAAACAAGAAUGACCAAUUGUUUCGGGCAUUAACUGCUGAAGGAAAGGAACGAGUCGAACGCUACAGCAGAAUGAAUGUAAGAGGUAAACUUGAAAAUAGAGCGCCAAUUAUGCUUGAUCCCGAAUUGGAAGAGUGCGUCGAUAUUAUUUUGUAUUAUCGAGACAAAGCAGGAGUUUCGAAGGAAAACGAUUUAUUGUUCGCACUUCCUGCAAUCAACAACCGUAAGAAAAGACACUUAAUGGGCAGUAGUACGGUGGCAAAGCUCUCCGUUCAAUGUGAAGCUGAUAACCCGAAAACAUUAAGAGGAACCAAAUUCCGAAAACACUUUGCUACAUUUUGCGCGACGAAAGAACUGAAUGACAACAUUCUCACCGACGUUGCUAAAUAUUUGGGUCACAGUCUGUUGAUACAUAAAGAAAUAUACCGAGGCAAUGACCUAAACCGAGAAGUUGCGCGAAUGUCAGCAUUAUUUGAAGAAGCUUCUGGUCACAACGAAAUGCAUUCCGAAAAUAUCGUCAACUCCACUCAAGUCGAUAAUGAGUAUACUGUUGGUCAUGCCGAAAUAAAUUCUGGCGGCUCUACCUGUCCCGACGAACUCGAUAAAAUUGCUCAAAACGCUGAUAACAAUGCUACGUCCAUCCAAAAAUCACAACGCGAACAGAGCAAAGUCAAACCGGGCAAAAUUUCGAGAAAGAGAGGCACUGCCGAUGAGAAAUCAAUGAUCGCACAAAUAUUCAAGGACCAUAUAAAGAAUGGAACUGUACCAAAGAAGGACGAAAUUGAAGCCCAUCAAGCUGUCAAUCACAUUUUGAAGAACCGUUCUUAUCAAACAAUUCGAAAAUGGGUCACCGAAAGUAAAAUUUGAAAAAUCAUUCGCAUCUUAUGUAAUCGUUUAUGUUUGUUUGUAAAUUGGAGUUGUAACAUUUUCUUUAUUCGUAAUUGUUCAUCCAUUUGGAAAUUUUAAAUUGGAUCAGUAA